AUGAAAUUUUCCAACAACCGAUCCACACAUUUCAUUUUACUCUCCCUAACUGUAAUUUCAUUGGUGUGCUUCUUCCUCUCCUCAUCAUCCAAGGCCACCAACACACUCUCCGAUAUUCUUUCCACCUCCGAUGCUCUCACUCUUUCAGCAUCCUCGGAAGGAUAUGUCUUGUCGACAUCGGAUGAGGCCUCUACCUCCGGUAUAGCUCUCUCCUUUGAUGAAUUUAAUGAGAUGGCCGAUGAAGAAAUAUUUGGAGAGGAUUUGAAUGAAUCGAAUCAAAAUUCUGAAGAAGAAGAAAAUAACGCAGAAGAAGAAGAGAAUUCUGACCAAGAAGAAAACAAUGAAGAAGAAUCAUCGUCGAAUCAAUUGGAAAUGACAGAAAGCGGUGGAUCUUCUGAAGCUCAAGUGGCUUCUGCUGACACACAAAGUAGUGCUCAACUGACACAAGCAACGAGUCAAAAUGUAGAAAAAGAAGAUGAAGCUUCUGCUUCUUGGUUGGCUUAA